AGUUAGUUUUAGUGAUUUAUGAUUAUGAAUCCUCCAUCUCACAUACAUAACAUCACUAAGUAGGCUAGCUCGAAGUCAACAGCAACAUUUUGUUUGCUAACCUUAGUAAGACAACUUUGAAUAGCCUACGCUACCACAAACAAGGGGCAAGAUAUUUGUAGAACAAACGUCAAUAAUGGAUCCUCAGAAAGAUGUACAGCCACCGAAACAACAGCCCAUGAUCUACAUCUGUGGAGAAUGUCACACUGAAAACGAGAUCAAGGCCAGAGACCCUAUCAGAUGCAGAGAGUGCGGCUACAGAAUAAUGUACAAGAAGAGAACAAAGAGAUUGGUGGUGUUUGAUGCACGAUGAACAGCCUCCCCACCCCAUCCCCACGUAUCUGAUUUUGUAUUUUAGUUCUCUAAAAUGUACAGCUUUUGUAGCUGAAGUUUACCAAGUGUCUAUAAAGACUGUGUUGACAAAAUAAACACACAACACACACACAUUACACAAUGAUGAAUAGGAUUAUAUAAAACACAUACUUUACACCUCAAUUAAGCAGCAUAUAAACACUGCUUUUUUGGCCAAUAAAUUGAAAUAAAAAAUCAUCUGGAUUUUUCUUUUUUCAUAUGUUGCUGUAACUAUGUUAUAACUUGCAAAACCAAUAAAAUAUUAUUUUUCACUCA